UCGUAUGCAACUUUAUGGUCUCUAAAGCUCACUCCCUCACUGGGGCCGAGAUAUAAGUGUAAUAACUGACCAGCCGCUGUGGAGUUCUGGAAUCUAGAGCGGGGAGGAGGAGCUACGGGAAAGCUGCGCCCUUUGGGCGGUACCGGUCUUUGGUGGUCCGGAACUUUUGUGCGGAGAAUGGGUGUUUCUCAGGGAGGCCUUUGGCUGCGAAGCGCGCUGCGCACAAGCGGGCCUGCCGCCCAGCGGAAGUAGCCUAUUGCUUGCCGUAGUGAAUUCUUCCGCGGGGCGGAAGCGGCAUGUCUGCCUGUGUACCGAGCGUUUCCAGUCCCCUCUCCUUGCAGGACCCCAUGAGUAAGCUGUGGCGGCGCGGGAGCACCUCUGGGGUUAUGGAGACCCCCGAGCCGGGGGAAGCGCUGGAGUUGAGCCUGGCCGGCGCCCACGGCCACGGGGUGCACAAGAAAAAGCACAAGAAGCACAAAAAGAAGCACAAGAAGAAACAUCAUCAGGAGGACGACGCCGGGCCAGCACAGCCGUCGCCUGCUAAGCCCCAGCUCAAACUCAAGAUCAAGCUGGGUGGGCAGGUCCUGGGCACCAAGAGUGUCCCCACCUUCACUGUUAUCCCCGAGGGGCCUCGCUCACCCUCCCCGCUGAUGGUCGUGGAUAACGAAGAGGAGCCUAUGGAGGGGGUCCCCCUGGAGCAGUACCGCGCCUGGCUGGAUGAAGACAGUAAUCUGUCCCCCUCCCCACUUCGGGACCUGUCAGGCGGGAUAGGCGACCAGGAGGAAGAGGAGGAACAGAGGUGGCUAGAUGCGCUGGAGAAAGGGGAGCUAGAUGAUAAUGGAGACCUCAAGAAGGAGAUCAAUGAGCGGCUGCUCACUGCUCGACAGAGAGCUCUGCUGCAGAAGGCCCGGCGUCAGCCCUCCCCGACGCUGCCGCUGCCCGGCCCCGCGGGCGGCCCGGCCCCCGCCCUCACGGAGGAGAUGCUGCUGAAGCGCGAGGAGCGGGCGCGCAAGCGGCGGC